AUGACUACCCGUUACCGUGUCGAGUAUGCUCUCAAGACACACCGAAGGGACCAAUUUAUUGAAUGGGUCAAGGGUCUUCUAGCUGUCCCUUUCGUUCUCUACUCUCAGCCCACUGGUGUUUUUGGCGAUGGACCUAGUGUUACUCAGAUGGCCGAAGAGGCUCACCGCCGUUACGCUGAGAUUAUGCGUGACGUUGAGCUCAUGAUUGAUGACCACAUUAGCCGUCAGCAAGACGAUACCAUGCUCCCGUCCAAGUUGCGGAUGCUGAUUCCCACUGCGGGCCCUUUCUUCACCCGCCUGCCCCUGGAGGCAGCUUUCAAGUAUCAGGACAGAAAACGGUACAUCUCUUCACGAAGAUUCGUUGCUCCAUCCUUCAACGAUGUCAGACAGAUCCUCAACUCAGCCCAGUCCAUGGCUGUUACGAAUGGGUCACUGCAGUUGGCCACGUUUGAUGGUGAUGUGACCUUGUAUGACGAUGGGUUCAAUCUUGAGCCAUCGAGUCCUGUGAUUCCCCGUCUCCUCGACCUCUUACGGAAGAACAUCAAGAUCGGCAUUGUCACGGCUGCUGGUUACACUUCUGCUGACCGAUACUAUGAGCGCCUUCAUGGAUUGCUUGACGCAAUUACGGAGUCAACUGAUCUGGAUCCUAUUCAGAAGCAAAACAUCGUCAUCAUGGGAGGUGAAGCAAACUACCUGUUUGAGUACUCACCUUCUUCACCCUACAAGCUCGCCCCUGUCCCGCGCACUCAGUGGUUGACACCUGAGAUGGCCUCAUGGUCGGAUGCCGACAUUACAAGAUUGCUGGAUGUUGCCGAAGGUGCCCUUCGCGACUGCGUCAACAACUUGAACCUGCCUGCCAUGAUCAUGCGCAAGGACCGUGCUGUUGGUAUUAUCCCCAAGACGCCGGGUACUCGCAUCGCCCGUGAGAGCCUGGAGGAGACUGUUCUCGUUGUUCAGCGCAUCCUGGAGCUCAGUAGUCUCGGAUCCAGCGAAGAGCGCCCGACCAAGCACCGACCCAACUCUCCUCCAAUUCCGCCUUCAGUGGCGAGCCAAUCACGCCGCGUGCCAUUCUGUGCUUUCAACGGAGGUAAUGAUGUGUUCGUCGAUAUCGGUGACAAGAGCUGGGGCGUGACUGUUUGCCAGCAGUGGUUUGGUAGCAAGGAGAAUGGUGGCGCCAUUCGCGGAGAGAAUACACUGCACGUGGGCGAUCAAUUCCUGAGUGCUGGAUCUAAUGACUUCAAGGCGAGAAGUGUUGGAACAACGGCCUGGAUCGCAAGCCCGGCCGAGACCGUGGAGCUGCUCGACGAGCUGGCUGAUCUGAUGCAAAAGAAAUUGUCUUGA